GUGGCAGCUGCAGGUUUUCACUCCUAACAUAAUUCUACUUCUGUUACGACCCCCAGAGCACCCCUAAUAAAAUUCUUUGGCAAAAUUCCCACUCCUAACUUCUCACUCAAUGUCACUAGAUAGCUACAUGGACGAGGAUGACAGGUGGUAGUGGGGUGGAAUCUGGAGCUGCCGAUUGUAGGUCACUUGUCCCCUUGCAGUCUCCCUAUGUUCUUAUUUUUGUAAUUUCACUCAUAACGAAACUUUUGGGGCAAAACUUAAGAAUAACCACUCCAAACCAAUAUUCGUAGUAAUUUAGCACGUGAAAGAAUUAUCAUUAUAAUGCAUUUUCGUAUACCUUUUACCUUGGGGAGGGGCCAGGGGGGCAAGCCUCUUUAAUUAUAGAGUUAGGUGGCUUGGAUUUUCUAAGUCCAUUGUUAUUGUUUCACAACCGCCUCUAUACACAGACUGAGCCUCAUACCUGCCUUGCAGUGCACCCUAAAAACUAGUUCCUAAGGCAGUAAUAUCCAAAAUGCGCAUGGAUUAUAACGAUUUCGGACAAAAAAACGGUCUUUUAAGUAUUUUUUCUCUAUAUUAAAGCAACUAAUGCCGCAGCUAUUUUUUUUUUCUUUUACAUUCGUAAAAUGUUACUACGCGAGGGUAUCAGCGGCGGCACCUAAUGGCGGGUUCCUGAAGUCAGUUGUUUUCAAGCCGCCAUAAUGGAUGGAAGGCCCGACACUCACUCCCUCAAAAUAUCCAUCUACUUUACCUUUCGGAGGAGAGAUGAGCCAAGAUGAAGGGAGAGGAAGGCCUGAGGCUGGUGACACUCCACUCCCACCCUGAGUACAUGGAAGACUGCGUGAAGAUCCUCAACGACCAGUGGCCCCGCAGCAAGACACUCAGGAUGAGGACACUGAAAUCAUCAUGUGAGGAGUUCCCUACAAAUCUCGUCCUGUUGCGCACCACCCCGCAAGGCAGCGCAGAGGUGGUGGGACACUCCAGGAUGACCAUUGUGCCCAGGGAACCAGAUGCAGCCUGGGUGGAAUCUGUCAUCAUCCGCCAGAACCUUCGAGGGUCUGGGUAUGGACGCAUCCUCAUGAAUAAGACCGAGGAGUACGCCAGAGGGUGUGGCUUUAGUAUCAUGUACCUCUCAACCCAUGACCAGCAGGUGUUUUAUGGCAAGCUUGGCUAUGACUUCUGUCCACCCGUCACUAUCUACGGAGGAGCUAUUAAUAAGCACCUCAUACCCAAGCAGUUCAUUGUGCCGCAGAUAACCAAAAGUGUUGAGACGUUGUCCCUGAAUGGCAGUGAGUCACAUGUUAAGGACAGUGCAUCAUCAUCAUCAUCGUCGAGUCCUGCGUCACCAAGUACUGCCCCUCCUCCACCCCCUGCUCCCAAAAAACUGACUAAGAAUCAUAUUACAAAAUUAGAUUCGUCUUCCAUGGAAAAAAUGUACAUGAAAAAGCAGUUAUAACAGUAGAAAGGUAGUUUAAGUGUGUGAAGCUGAAAUUUUAACAGAAGAAUGAGCCAUACGGAUGAAUCUUAUGGCUGAUUUGCGUUACAGGGAUGGUCAAUUAAUUUACCCCUUAUGGUUGUAAUAUGUCUAACAUGAAAGACUUAACUCUCUGCUCCCGAGUCGGAUGUUGAUAAGGGAAGGAAUCUUAAAACAUUGUGUGAGAGAUGUGAGUGGAUCUAAAUGUUUACCCAACUAGGUAGCGCCAUCAAUAAGCAAAUCCAAUGAUGGUUAGAAAAUCGUCAGAGAACACUAUGACAUAACAAAAUCUAGAGUCCACAAGUAUAGAUGAACCCUCCACAUGGACCAAAUGCCUUAAGUUUAACCCUUAGAUGGCAGCAGUAUUUGAAGAGUAGCUACCCCCAAAAAUGAAUUGUCUAUAUGUAGUCGCUGUCAACCUUAGGACCGUAGCAUAAAUAGUUACGCUGCAUAAGAGAUGUCCUAGCUAUCGUCUCUAUAGAUUCUACUGCAAUCUGGAAGUGUUAUUACGUUUCUGCCAUACAAAACUGACUGACUGAAUUUUUGGACCGUCUAUAGUAUAUGGUUCCAUUGCCGGCUAAGGGUUAAUCAUAGUUGACUGGGGCCAGGGGCUGAACACCAGACUUAUCUAACGUCCAAAAACUAAGGUCAUAGGGUCAAUGGAAGCGAGUACAAAUAAUACAAUCACUCUUAUUGGGCACAAAUUGGGUUCAUAUCCUUCCUGUCAGCCUCCCAAACAAAAGAUUUUUCCACUGAGAUAGAAGCCCAGGAACAUCCUCAUCAGACAGAACCAAGCUUCCUUCCUGUUGGCCUCAUGAAUAUUUGAAAAACAUUUUACCACCGAGAUACAAGGCCGCACACACCCUCUCCUCUCACUGCAUGUAUGGCCCCCCUUCCUUCAUCCUAUCAGACAGAACCAGGCUUCCUUCCUGUUGGCCUCAUGAAUAUUUGAAAGAAACGUUUUACCACCGAGAUACAAGGCUGCGAACACCCUCUCCUCUCACUGCAUGUAUGGCCCCCCUUCCCUUCAUCCUAUCAGACAGAACCAGGCUUCCUUCCUGUUGGCCUCAUGAAUAUUUGAAAGAAAUGUUUCACCACCAAGAUACAAGGCCGCGAACACCCUCUCCUCUCACCCUACAUAUAUACAGCCAACCCCUCUCUUCCUCCUAAAUACAACCAACCUCCUCUCCCUUCCGCUUUGACUGCUACCAGCAUCUUCUCUUUCUUCUUCUUUACCCCCCUUUCAAACAAGUGCUUCUCUUUCCCUUUGUAUCAGUGGUCCCCAACCUUUUUUGUCCUGUUCCCUCUUUUCUGGUCACUUUUUAACCUGUGGACCCCUACAAUAAGGCCAAAUUUGUCACGGGGGGCGCGAGUUUGACACCCCUGGUACCGUCAAUUAAUAAAGAGUUAUUCUAGCAUUUAAGCAUUCAGUUUUAAGGAUUGUGUACACUAUUAUGAAUUUUAUUCCAAGCCACUGCUUUUUAUACUUGUAAGCUUCCUCCUCCCUCCCUAACACAUGCAAGAGUCUUUAUAAGUAUUCAUAAUCAUACUCUGUUCCCCCCAAAGCUUAAUCUAAUGUAUUUUCUUCACAUGCAUGGAUUUAGAUAUUACCCAUGGUCCUUGUGACGUACACCAUAAUUUAAUUGUGAGCCUAUAGUAAGUAGUCUCCAUUCCUCUUCUCCCUUUAACUUUCACCAUUUCCCCCACCUCAUUUAAUUCCCUUCCACUCUACUCCCUUUUCUUUUUUUAACCAUCUGCCUUCCCCAUCUUCCAUGCUUAUGCACUUUCCACUCUAUCCUUUCCUUUCCCCUUUCUUUUUCAUCCCCAUCCUAAUUUCUUUUCCUUUUGUCUCCUUCUCCCUUACUCCUCUCUUGUUUUCCCUUCCACAUUUUCUUCCCACCCUACAUGCUUUGUCACAAGGAGAUCUGCCACUUCUCAAAGCAAAUGAGAAAUUGAUCUUCUUGGGAAUAAUUUAAUUUCCCAACAACCAGCCUGGGAAUCAAACCUGGGCUCUUGUGUUGUGAGUGUUGGGCCCAAGAGGUUCCCCAUGGCUCAAGGGCUUUGGAGUUCUUCAAGUAUGUCUCGAGUCACUACAGGUUGAUGAGAAUGUUAGUGGAAACUGUUCCCACCUCUAUCACAUAUGUCAUCCAUGUCUUGUAAUUUUUAUCCCACUUGAAUGUGGCGAUUAACCCGGUAGCAGCAGGGAUCCUGUUUCUUAAUGGUCCCUCUAAGCGAGAAAAAUGAGAAAAAAAUCAUCACUCGCACAAACCAUUUCAUAAUAUAUAUCGAAGCAUUUGUGAUCAGUUUAUGUAUCAUCUAUUUUGUGGGGGUUAAAUUGUGGCACAAAUUUGGUUCACUGCUACACGGUAAAGCCACAAAUUUGGCCCGUCACUGCUAACGGAUUAAUGGUGCUGUUACAAUGCUCAGGGAGUGCAUUCCAUGGAUCUAUUAUACUCAUGGCAAACCAGAUUCCCUUUGGGGCCACUAAUUUGGGGUCUGGUUUUGCUAAUAUGAGACAGUAGCAUCUCGGCCGCAAUGUUGCCAGAUUGUCGUACUCAGCCGCUUAUAUUUCCCGACUUCCGACCCCUAAACUGUCUUCUGGGCACCAGUAAUGAAACUAAUUUAUAGUUAUCGUUAAGAGAGUUAGAUCCUGAUGUUUCUUGGCAACAGUUAGGCGUCAGAAACUGGUAAAUACUGUGCUCUGAGUACGAUGACCUGGCAACAGAGAUCUCAGGUGGUUUGUGUUUAAACUUAAGAACUUAUAGAAAGGAAUGUCUCCAUAAUGGUGUAGUAACUUGAACACUACACUCAGCCAUGAAGGAAUCUCCAGGAAGAGCAAGAGUAGGAAUAGAUUACAGUGCUGGAGUGAGUGGUGUUAAGAGAUUUUUAAAGUUAAGUUUUUAAGGUAACUGAAGAAGUAGCUGGAUAUAGAGUGUGGAAGAGGAAAGGGAAUGUGAGGUGAACAGAUGAGAUAACAGAGUCAGUUGAGAGGAAAAUUACUCAAUAAUAAUGUUACUUACUAAUUUCUCCAAAGUACCAAGGCUUCCAAUGAGUUCAUUAGCACUUGACAAUAAAGUUCACCUCUACUAUAAGUACUAAUUUUUAACGUAUAUUAAUGAAAUCAACAAGAGUGGCAAACUAAGAAAGUACUACAGAGAAAAUAAUUAAUGUGAUGGAAGUGAGAGAGAAAAAAGUAGAGAGUAAGGCAUUGGUAAAAAGAUUGGUUAGGGAAAGUAAUGGCAUGAAGAUAUCAGUAAAACAUCAGAACAAAAGCACUUCUGGAAAGAAAUUGAAAGAAAUGGGGGAAGAACGAGUGACUAACAGGAUUAAGGGGAGUGAUGGGUACUUGCAAAAAGGAAUCGGGUGGUAAAGAAGGUACGGAAAAAGCAUUUUAAAUCUGUGAUGAACGAGAAUGAGGGCAGCCAUAUCCACAGGGGGAGGUGGAGAGGGAUAAGAUAGAAGAAACAAUAAAGUUAAAACCAGGAAAGGCUCCUGGCAAUGAUGGUAUAAUGGCAGAAAUGCUGAAAUAUGAUGUAGUUGUGGAGUAUCUAGGAAGUGAUUGAACUGUUGGUACUUAAGAGACAGCUCCAUGUAACCACUGAAAGGUGAGGGAGCGAGCAGUGAAGGGCAGACAGGUAAUAGGUAUAUGAAAGGAGGAAGCGUGAACGUGUUGAUGGAGGAUGUACGAAGCAGCAUUUUGCCCCAACUCUGUUAUACGUAUGCAUCAGAGUCAUGGACAUGGAAUGUGGCACAUCAAUCAUGAAUAUGUAGUAUGAGAGUUUCCAUAUGGGUUUAACCUUGAAGGGAUUAUGGAGUGGAUGAAUGUGUGUGGCAUGGUGUUCCAAGAUGGUGUGGACAUGAGAGAAAUAAAUCAGUAGAGUGGAUGAGUAUUAGAUAGAAAGAAUCAGUAGAUGAGGGAUUAUGUGUGCUGAGUGGGAGUGCCAGAAUAGGGAAGGUAGAGACACUCGAAGGAACAGGAUGUUGGAGAUAGAGCUAGAUAUAAGGGUGCAGGGAUCACCAUUACACCCAAGUCCCAGAUAGAUCAAACAAACCAUUACCUCUGUAACUAUACCUUGUCCUCUACGCACCCUCCAAGUCUGCUGCCAUGAUGAUAAAGAACACCCGAGACAAAACAUGUCAACAUAAUUUAUUUAUUUUACUUAUUCAUGCCAUACAUGAGCAUACAUACACAGUAACAAUGUCCAGGUUGAACUGUACUGUAUAGCUAAAUAACUACUACUGACUACACGUAAACUGGCGAGUGGCAGAAGUGGUGCCAUGCUCACUCCAAACAAGGCAGGUGCCAGGCUGCUAAUCACAGAGAGGUCCCGAGAAUUAAAGAAACUGGAGGUUCCCAGAUGUUUUUUUUUUGUUAAUUGAAAAGGGUGCCAAUUGCUAACAUCCUUGCAGCUAUGACCACACAGCUCUAUCGUCACUAAGGUCACAUUGCGGAGAACACUAUGUACAAAGAAUUGGUGUAGGAUACUAUAAUACACUUUCAAAUGAAGCUUGUCAUGUACAUAAUAAUUAGAUGCUAGUCAUGGAUCUGUAUUUCCAGCCUGGAGUGAGCACAGCAGCAGGACUUACAUAAAACCAGCAACCUGCCCCUAUGGAGAUGCAUCCCAUUCAUUUCUGUCAUUUUUAGUGUACAAAUAAUUAAGGUUAUUCUAAUAUGAAUGUCUAAUAAUAAUUGAAAAAAGUAAAAUUGAUGGUACUAAAAGUUUUGUGCAAGCAUUAUGUCUUAAAGAAAGUAUACAAGCGGUCUGGCGCUGGAGUCGCCAGGUACACUAAAUUCACUGGGAUGCUAAGAAUCAUGCCUAUGUAGUCUUAUUUCCUAUUUGAUGAUCUAAAAAAUGUGAUGCUGUCAAAAAUGUCACUUAUUAUUUUACCUUUGAGCACCAUUCUAUGAAAGUCACGAUAGCAUUGCUAAUCUUUUAUUUUCCUCUCUCAGAUUCAACACCGAUUCAUAUUCUUGCCGUGUUGGACAAGAACAGAUUCAUAUUCUUGCCGUGUUGGACAAGAACAGAUUCAUAUUCUUGCCGUUUUGGACAAGAACAGAUUCAUAUUCUUGCCGUGUUGGACAAGAACAGAUUCAUAUUCUUGCCGUGUUGGACAAGAACAGAUUCAUAUUCUUGCCGUGUUGGACAAGAA